AAUCAUUCUUCGCAAGAACAACAGAGGACAUUAACUAUACCAGAGCCCACAUCAGUGUCACCGUCCCCUCCUCUCUCAGGAGCACGGGGCUGAGCAGGGCCGCAGAGAUCGAGCUGAGCUGUCACGGAAAAGCGGGGAAAUCAGUCAAGCAACAGCUCUGUCCUCCCAGAUCUGCCUUUUGUCACCUCGGUGCCGUCCGCCCCGCUGAGGGGAACCCACGGGCAGACUGAGGCCUGCCCCUUCCCCAUCCUUCCUCCCCCGGGCCUGCCCCGCCCCGGCCCGGAGGCGGGACGGGGGCUGGCAGAGCGGGAGCAGCUGGCUGGGCUCUGUGGGCUGCUGUGCUCUGGGCAGGGAGCAGGUGGAGAGGCACUGUCCCUUCCCUGCUCGCCUCUGUGGGCUGCUGUGCUCUGGGCAGGGAGCAGGUGGAGAGGCACUGUCCCUUCCCUGCUCGCCUCUGUGGGCUGCUGUGCUCUGGGCAGGGAGCAGGUGGAGAGGCACUGUCCCUUCCCUGCUCGCCUCUGUGGGCUGCUGUGCCCUGGGCAGCCGAUGCCUUCGGCGCAGGCUGCCCGCUCAUGGCUCUGAUCUCCUUCGCCGCCCCCUCAGCACCCGGUCCGGGACACUCAGCCCCUCCGUGGCGAGCAGGGAUGCUCGCUUUCCUCCUGGCAGGCUGUGCGGUCUCCUCGCAGUGUUUUCCAGUCUGUCCUUGCCUCUCUGGGUCACUGAGCCCUCCGUACUGAAAAUCCCUCCUGCUUCACCGGGAUCCUUCAGGUCUGCUGACUCUUUGCCUUCCUGGCCUUUGCCCACCCUGUUCCUUGACCACAUCCUGUUGAAGACCUUGCUCUUGACUAAUCCUGCCCCCUCGGAGGCUUCGAGAAGAGCAGGCAGCGUCAGGCGGAGGCACGGGCAGAGUCUGUCCUUGUUCCGUAGGAUCCCGGGAUCGCUCUGGGAGCCAUGGGCCGGCGGCUCAUCCAUGGUGUCUCCGCAGCCGCACUCUUCCUCGCCAGUGUGGCUCUCCUCUCCAUGCGGCACCGUGCGGCUCGGGAAGCUGCCCAGUACCCGGGGGUCGGGGAGGGAAUGUUGGAGAAGCCAGAGCAGCGGAGCGAAGGGAGCCCAGCGGGAGCUGGUGGCGGGGGGCAGGAGGACCCCAAGCUCCAUCCUCCGGAGGUACGCAGGAGUGAGGGGAGCCUGACGCUUGGGGACAUUUUCAUAGCUGUGAAGACGACCAAGAGGUUUCACCAGAGCCGGAUGGAGCUGCUCCUGGACACGUGGAUAUCCCAGGCCAGCGAACAGACCUACAUCUUCACUGAUGAAGAAGAUGAUGCCUUGAAAAGGAGAAUGGGUGGCCGUGUGAUCUUCACCAACUGCUCUGCCGAGCACAGCCACCUGGCCCUGUCCUGCAAGAUGGCUGCAGAGUUCGACGCCUUCCUGGCCAGCGGCCUGAGCUGGUUUUGCCACUUGGAUGAUGACAACUACCUGAACCCUCGGGCGCUCCUGAAGCUCUUGUCGUCCUACGCAGAGACGUGGGAUGUUUACCUGGGCAAACCCAGCCUGAACCGACCCAUCAGGGCCUCUGAAACGCUGCCAAACAACCAGACGAAAUCCGUGCGCUUCUGGUUUGCCACGGGAGGGGCUGGGUUCUGCAUCAGCCACAAGCUGGCAAGGAAGAUGGUGCCCUGGGCCAGUGGCAGGAACUUCCUGAGCACUUCGGAGCUCAUCCGCCUGCCGGAUGACUGCACCGUGGGUUACAUCAUCGAGUGCAAAGUCGGUGGGCAGCUGACUCCCAGUGCACUCUUCCACUCCCACCUGGAGAACCUGCAGCUCAUCCCCACCUCUCAGCUCACACAGCAGGUCACCCUCAGCUAUGGUGUGUUUGAGAACAAACUCAAUGUCAUGGAGCUCAGUGGCCCCUUCUCACCUCAGGAGGAUCCCUCAAGGUUUCGAUCACUCCACUGCCACCUCUAUCCUGACACCUCCUGGUGCCUGCAGGCUGUUGGCUGGUGAUGCCUGAGCCUCAGCUACAGUGGAUCCAGGUGGCACCUGUUCACCUGUAGGGAGUGGGACACUGAAGAAGCUGGGUGCUCCCAAUUUCACCUUCACUGUGGUGGUCUUGGGGCUCUGUGAUGGCUUUCUUGGUCCUCAAAGGGACAAGAGACAAGGUCUGAUCCAAAGAUGGAUAAGAUGGGCUGGACAUGAAUGAGCUUCUCAUGUGUUUUGGGAUAUGUGCAAGGGAUGGGAGCAGUAUGCCUUCUGAGCAGACUGAGGAUCAGAUAUUGACAUCUGGGUAGCUGCUGCUGCUGCUCUGUGCCCUGGCUGCAUCUUGCUGGACUAGAAGGGCCCUGUGUGUGUGUACCUGGUGCCCAGCUCCUCAUGGGUGGCAGCAUAUCAUAGCUCCAGACUCUCUGAGCAGGGCUCUUCCUCCAUAUCUGUGCUUCCCCUACUGCCUACACUUCUCAGCCACAGACCUGCUGAGUCUCUGCAUAGUCAAAGUCUAUGGAAAUGGAAAAUGUGACCAUUUCUGUGCUGAAUGAAUCCUGGAAAAGCUUAGUCCUUGCUCAACAGAAGGGAGAUGGGCAGGAAGUACAAAGAAUCAGGAAUCCCCUGCUCUGCUGGGACAAAAGAGAGGGCAUGGGGUAAGGAGCCAGGAGGAGAUUGAGUGAGAUGGGGAUGGCUCCUGCAUUGAAUGUUGAAGUUUGAUCUUGUAUGGUGCUGCAUUAUUCCUCUCCUCUUACCUUCUUGAUGUGGGGUCAGGAUAAUCUCUUGCUCUAAUUACCAACCUGUCGUCUGAGAUUAGACUCCAGCUCCUAUCUGUGAGAAGAGACAUAAAGGAUUAGAACUGGCUGAAAGAGAGGAGAAAGGAAGAGAUGGAGAAGGACUGCUCAGGAGCGGAUUAGAGGUUACAGCUUUAUAAUCUUUUCUGUCCCCAACCAAAAAAAUUAAGUCAUGAAGGAAUGGAAACAGCAAGGCAAAGAGCUUUUUAUCUCUGUGGGUCUUUCCUCCAGAUGCUAUUAGCAGCUUUCUGGCUUCCUGCUCUCCCUGCUGAGUGCAACAGAGGGAAGGAGUGGAUCCAAAUAGGUUACAACCUUUCUGGCAUGUUUGUGAAGGGUCCUUUUCUCAAUACAGUGCCUGGUGUGAAAGCUGGGCAGUGGUCCUUUCUGGGGAAUGAACUUUGGCAUCAUUUUGUCCUUGCACACACAGUUAAGUGGCUGGGGGAGGGUGUUGCUGGGAAAGCUGGAAGGCAAAGAGGCUGUUUCAAAUGGCAAGUGGUGCCACAAACAGGUAUUUUUCUUUAAAGAGCAUUUAAAAACAGACUGCUGGGAUCUGUGAGAGAUCCUGUAAUCUCCAGAUGAAAGGACAAAUGCCCUUUCUCUAAAGAGCUGCUCAGCUUUGUUGCUGCUGAUGUGACUAAGACUGCUGCUGGUGGGCUGGAAGAGCCAAAGGCUACUGUCACUUGUGGCUUUGCUGUUUUGAAAACUGGCCACUCUGUCACCUCCUUCCACCCCCAAGCACCAGCAUCUCCUACACAGUGCACACAAAGUUUAAAGGAAAGGCGUCAGAAAGACCUUCAACCUCUUCAAAGGAGGAUGUAAAAAGGAACAAGCACUUUAAUUUCUGGGAAAAACAGAAGACAGGAGCUUGUAGAGUUGUUUUCCAACAUGGCCAUUCUUACUGGCAUUUAAUCAGCUUGUGUAGCAGCACACAGCCUUGCUUUCUUGUGUUGACUCCAAGGCCUUUGAAGUAGAAGUUCAUCCUGAGCAGGCACAGCUGUGCCAGCCAAGAAUCCACGUGGCACAAAACAGACACAGCUAUUGGAAGAGGGAUGCAGCACUAAGAAGUCCUGCCCCACAGGAGUAGUGGCAGAAUCAGAACACAGCCAGAAGAUGAAAUAAGGUUUUGUGAGAAGGAAUGAGUCUUCAAGAGAAACUUACACUACCUGGAUACGUCAUCUUUCCCCAUUCAUAUUUUCAGCUGAUGUUAAUAGAGACUUUGAGUUAAAAAGCUGGUCCUGUCUGUAGAUGUCCUGGUGACAAUCAGAGCAAAAUGCGAUUCAUGUGAGGAAACUGGUACAGCAGCUUCACUUCCCGGGGGUAAAAGCAAAGCAGAGAAACUGAAAGCUUGCUUUGGAUCCUGGCUUCAGCAGGUCUGAAUUGACCUGGUGCCUUUUGCAUGGCUGAAGAUCAGAUGUUUAAUGGGUUGAAUCCUUGAGUGGCUGCAUGGGGACCCGUUUAAGGCUGGAUUUUGUUGCUGGAGCAGUUAAGUACCACUUCUGUGGAAAAUGUCUUGUCUCAUAAGGAAACAGAACAGAUGAGAAGAUGUCUGGGGCAGGGCAUCUCUUGGGCCACAGAGAAAUGAAUGACAGAAAAGUCCUGCUAUGCCUGUGACGACAAUACGCUGGAAAGAAAAUAGCUUCGACAAAAGAAACCAGGUUUUCUCUAAGAACAGAGAGACAGCUUAAUGGGACAUUCACCACAUGAAAUCUGAUCAACGUUCAAACAUGAGUUAAAAUUAGUUUCAGGAAUGGUUCCUGCCCCUGGGGCUUGCUGUCAGAUGUUGUGGUUUUACAGUCUCAUUUUCCUAGUUUAUUAAAAUGUUUAGCUGCUUGGGAAAAUGAGAAACAAUCUCAUGUGAAACUUUUCAGGGGGCUGUCUUUUUUUAUUCUCUUUCUCUUGAUGUAACAAAGAUUUUGGAAAGGUUCCGCUGGGGCUAUUAAAUUUGUAUUUUUGUUUUGUU